GCCAGAGAGCCCCAACCAGAUGACAGAAACCACAAUCAGUGUACUCGAGCCGAACUAAAAUCACACCGGCCGAUCGAGCGCAAACACGUAAUCACCGGUUGCACCGUUGUAACCAUUCAUAUAAGUGAAGACAAGAAAAAUAACACAGCUGAUCGGUACAAGCACUGGUACACACAACUGCAAAUUUUUAGAAAAGAACAAUGUUUAAGAAUGCCAAACAGUGAAGCUGGAAUCGUAUCUAAUGAACCCAAACGACGAGUUAGUAUCAUCACAAAUCCAGUUAUGGAGAAUAGGAUAGGACACGACAACUUUGGAUUCGAGCCAAACUCAAAAAGGAAAAUUUCACAGCAAUCUCACUAUUCUGAGGAAGGUCCUGUAAGAAGGAAAAGCAACCUACAUAAUGCUAAUCUAGACAGCUCAAUAAUUAAUAGUUUUGAUCAGCGAGUGAAUGGAGAUGCCAACCGUAGCAAGAAACAUUCAUUCUCGGAAGCAUUCGAAAAUUUCAACCAGGAUGCCGAGGAUGCUUACCACAACGCACCACUAGAACAAUCCUGGAUAUAUUCUCUAUGUAUGCGAUGUAGAGUUGAGUACAGCACACCUUCAUGGGAACCACCUGGAUGGCAGAAAGUUUGUCCGUAUCCUUUAUGUCCAUCGUACCGACAAUUUGCCAGAAUAAUAUCUAUCGUGUUUAUUGGUCUAUUGCUAUGGGUGACAGCAUAUGUAAUAAUUGGUGAUACAGCUGCUCCAGGCGGUCAAUUGUUUCAAGUGGUUGUACUAACCGUCGCUGCUAACUUUGGAGGAUUUCUAAUAUCACUCACAACAUUACCACGGUUGAUUGGAAUGCUUGCAGUUGGACUUUUGUUUCAGAAUGUAGGAUGGGUCAAUAUCGAUGGUGAAUUUACCGUAGUAACCGCCAUACUUCGAAAGAUUGCUCUAGUAAUUAUACUAACUCGUGCUGGUUUGGAAAUGGAUCCAACCGCUUUCAAAAAAGUAUAUGUUACUAUACUGAAACUCGGACUCAUUCCAUGGAUAAUAGAGUUCGUGUUAAUUGGUGUAAUGACGCACUAUUUCUUGGAUCUACCGUGGAUGUGGAGUAUGAUGCUAGGUUCAAUAAUUGCUGCAGUAUCACCAGCAGUGGUAGUACCGUGCUUAUUUAGACUGAGAACAAAAGGAUAUGGUGUAGCUAAAGGAAUACCCACACUGAUUAUUGCUGUGGCUGGAAUUGACGAUGCAGCAUCUGUAGCAGUGUAUGGUAUAAUUUCAAGUAUUAUGUUCACAUCGCAGGGACUUGCAUUUCAAAUAGCCCAGGCACCCGUAUGUAUAUUUGGUGGUCUUGGGUUUGGAGUUUUGUGGGGUACCUUAUGCAAAUAUAUCCCCGAAAGGGGAGAUGCUUAUGUAGUUCCUAUUCGAACACUUAUGCUUUUUGGAGGAGGUCUAAUGGCGGUUUUUGGAAGUGAAAAAAUUCAUUUCGAAGGGGCGGGACCUCUAGCUGUUGUUUUUGCAGCUUUCACCGCUUCCUAUUUUUGGUGUGAUGAUGAUUGGGAUUUGGAGGACAAUCCUGUAUCCACAGCAUUCGAAAUAUUCUGGAUGAUUUUUGAACCUAUUCUUUUCGGCAUAACAGGUGCAUCAAUAAAGAUUAGCGAUUUAGACCCUCAUCUAGUGUCGAUCGGCGUCGGUUGCAUCUACGCUUGCAUCAUUAUUCGUAUAGGAAUAACUGCUGGAAUCGCAUUUGGAGACAAACUGAAUGUCAAGGAAAAGAUUUUUGUUGCAAUAUCUUGGAUGUCGAAAGCAACUGUUCAGGCUGCUCUAGGACCAUUACCCUUAAAGGCAGUCACUUCGCAGCAUCGUUCGGAGGGUGAAAGGCACUAUGCAGAGCUAGUAAAAAACGUUUGCAUUUUGAGUAUAAUAUUGUCUGCACCCUUAGGGGCCAUAUUGAUAUCCGUAACUGGAACGAAAUUAUUAAAGAAAACCAAACCAAUGCUUGAGCCACCAGAAGGUUGGCGAAGAAGUCACCGUCCUUCAUUACAUGACAUCAGUAUCAUCGAUGAAGAGGAAGAACGUGAGGAUAUCGAAGGAAUCGCAGAUGAAGAUACCGCCGCCAAUACACUGUCCAACGCGCAAGCAGCCUCUGUUUUUACCGUUACGAAGUAGACUACGAAUUAUCUUCUUUUAAUGAGCUCUGGUUUAAAUUAUAAUUCUUGAAAUGGCACUUUAUUUAAAGAUUUGAGUCACAAGUCAUCGCAUUCAAAUAUUACGUUGACGCACGGAAUAUCAAAUCAUUUUGCAGAUAUCAUUAUACAAAUACCACAGUUCUCGAUUCAUAAAUUUUGUCAUAAAAUGUAUUGUAUAUUAUUGAUUUUGCUUUAAUUAUAACAUUCCUCCAAAAACAUUUUUGAUUUUACAUUCUUGAUUAAACAGUUUGCUAUUGCAUAGACAAGCAAAACAACUAACAUCUAUGGCGCGGGUAUAGCAUAAUUAAUAAAUCGAUGUCAUUGUAAAGGGUGAGUCGAUCAUGUUAUCAUUUGGACCAAUUGUCCCAUACACCAGCACAAUCCAUAAGAGCAAAACGCGAGCAAGAGAGUUUGUUAUACUGCAUUUCGAUAAGAGCGUGCGCAGCUUAUAAUGAUGCCAUAAUGUAUAAAUUGGCGUAUAACAGUUAGGAAGAGCUAUGCGUCUUGGACAAUGUGUAUAUAUCGUUUCUUUUGUAUGAAUAUUCUAUGGAAUAGUGAAUAUAUUUAGGAGGAAAAUUUUAAGCGAGCAUAAGUAAAUUAUUUCUAAAUGGUCUCAAUAAAUAAUUAAGCGGUCGUAUGUAACACACGAACUCAAAACACAAUUUACACGCUCGUUAGGAAAACAGGAAACGCUCGGGAUUAGGAAACAAUGGGAAAGUAGGAAAUAAAGACUAACGGGAGAGGAAAAUUGGAAGUGAGAGGGAAGCUACUGGGUUAAGAUAGACUGACUACGAAUCACUUUUGCCCAUUAUAUUAGACCCUAAAGCCAUCGGAGUGGUUUAUAUUCCGAACGUGGUGGCCCUUUAAUGAACCGUCGUCGAUAGUGGCACCAUCAUCGCUAGAAACGCGUCCAAAGUGUCCACAAUCACUCCGAACUAGCCACGAGGUUCCAUUGAGACUUCCGAUUCAUCAGCCAGUAGUUGAAUCCAGUCACGAGGUGCCAGAGUGCCUUUGAAUCGCCGACCUGUUGCCGAAGAUCAGCCGUCAGAAAUAGCAGUGAUCGCCUAUCAACGCGCCCGUUUCCCGCUUUGUCCCAGCGUUCGCCGGCCGGCCAUAUAUACAAACCUACACUCACACACAAAAUUGUAAGUUGCAAUAAAUAUAUGAAGAGAGUGAAAAAA